AUACUUCUAGCAGAAAGGGAAAAAAAUAGAGGCCUUCGAAAAUGGUGGCGCUCACUUCCUUAUCCCCACACUCGCCGAGUCCUUCCCCGUCGACGGCAAAUCCUCGCCGCCGGCCACCGCCGCCUCACGUAACCGCCACACCCCGCGGCCAUAUCCGGCCCACGGCCGCCGUCGCAUCCGCCGUCACCAACUCCGACGUCGGCGGCGCCGACGACUACCACUCCACCAUCCGCUCGCUCAACUCCCACGGCCGCCACGUCCCCCGCAAAUCCCUCGGCCAGAACUACAUGCUGAACACGAGGGUGAACGAGGAGCUGGUGGCGGCGGCGGGGGUGGAGGAGGGGGACGUCGUGCUCGAGAUCGGCCCGGGGACGGGCUCGCUCACCGCCGCGCUGCUCGCGGCCGGCGCCACAGUCGUCGCCGUCGAGAAGGAUAAGAAUAUGGCUGCCCUUGUCAAAGAUAGGUUCGGAUCCACAAAUCAAUUGAAGAUCAUUGAAGAAGAUAUCACAAAAUUUCAUGUCCACUCCCAUUUUCUCCCUAUCCUGGAGGAGAAAUCCCAUCACAAGAAGAAAUAUGCCAAGGUUGUGACAAAUUUACCAUUCAAUGUCAGCACUGAAGUUGUCAAACAAAUCCUCCCAAUGGGGGAUGUUUUCUCUGUCAUGGUGCUUAUGCUUCAGGAUGAAACAGCGCUACGCCUUGCAAACGCUGCAAUACAAACACCUGAGUACCGACCUAUCAAUGUAUUUGUGAAUUUUUACUCUGAACCUGAGUACAAGUUCAAGGUUGAAAGGGCAAAUUUCUUUCCUCAACCGAAGGUUGAUGGUGGUGUUAUAAGAUUUAAACUAAAGAACGCUGGAGAGUACCCACAUGUUUCUUCCAACAAAAGUUUCUUCGCAAUGGUGAACUCCGCGUUCAAUGGUAAGCGCAAGAUGCUUCGGAAAUCACUUCAGCACAUAUGUUCUUCGGCUGACAUCGAGGCUGCUCUUACCAAUAUCGGUCUUCCAGCUACGGCUAGACCAUCUGAUCUGGUGAUGGAUGAUUUCGUGAGGUUGCACAAUCACCUGCCAAAAGUAUGACUGCCCCUGAGUUCAAAAUGCAUAUGGAAUCAUUGUGUUGGUUCGCUCGCAGACUCGCUGCAUUAAGCAUGUCGCUAAAGUGUUUUGCUCCCCAGUUAGAGCACACUGCAGCUUGCAGGUAGGGACUGGAUAGUAAACUCCAGGGGUCCCAUGGCCUUCAUCUGCAUUCUGCAAAAAAAUAUGUGUCGCAGCACCAGUCAGCAUGGAUAAUCAUGGUGAUUGUGCUCCAUCUUCGAAAGCAAUAACAAUAUGCAUGUCGUGAUUUUGUUCGCGCAGGAAUCUCAGGGUUUUCCUUACUGCAGAUGACAUGUACGCAAGAAUGAACAUACACAGUGAUCAUGUGUAUACAACCUCUUGUACCGAUCUUGGCAAAAUGGAGGCUGCAAUGUAGAGACCAAAGGUGUCUGUCAGGGCAACCUUUGACCAGGCAAAGAUGCUUGCUACAUUGUAAAUUGCCAAUGCUAUUCAUGUGUGCUGACGCAGAUAUAUGUAUUGCUGUUGUAUUUGGGGUUGAACUUUGAGUUGAAAUUGCACCAAAAAGGUGUAGAUAUUCAUGUUGAGCACAAAACUCUGUUGACAUUC